CUGUUGUGAGCUGCUGCAGCUUUCUCGUUCUUCUUUUCGUGUGCACGUUUGCAGACGCGCAAUGAGACCUGGAAUGGACGGUUAUGAUCAUGAUGUGGAAGCCCGCAGUGCCGAUAUUGUGCAAGACAAAAGAAACGAGCAGGAAAUAAACUCGUCAACGCCUGCGAGCGCCGGCUCGAUGUUACCGUCGCGUGCACUUUGUAUUACAACGAAAGAGAAGACGAGAGGCGCUAUUCAACCAUCAGGAGAAAUGUGUUCUGGUGAGUGGCAAGAUAUGAUGAUGGAAUUACCUGACGAGCAAACAAUCACUCAGCUGGUUGCUGCAGUCUGUGGUCCACAGAAUGAUGAUGAUCAUCAUCAAGACGUUGGCAGUGUCUUUCUCUCAAAUACAGACACCACAGCUGAUUGGUGUUCGGAAAGUGAUGCUAGCUAUUACAGUGAUUCUCUCAGUGAAGCUGAAGAUCGCAAGUCGAUGUCAACUUUACCUACUCCUCCCAGAGACAGAGAGAGUCAGACACCAGACAGUGACCACACCCUGGCUGCUCUGGAUGACUGUGACACUGCAAUGAGUCUGUGCCAGUUUUUGACUCAAGAGAAUGAAGCAAUAGGAAAACUGAUUGACCAACUCCACAGCCCACCUCCCACUCCUGUAUCUAAUGCUUCGUCUGUUCAGCGAUGUCAACCCCCUGUAAAAAUAAAACAAGAACCGAUUGAUGUGUCAAACACAUGCAUAGCUCCUCUUCCUGCAUUGUAUGUCAUGCAAACUCAUCCUUCUUCACUUUUCUAUGUCAGCAGUUUGGCAAAUGCAGCUACAGAUAUGCCUACUGCUACAGCAACACAAGAGAUAGAAGUAAAGAAUGAACUUCCUCCUUGUUCGGCAGUUGGAGGAAGCUCGAGAGGACGAACACUGUGCACAUACAGUCAUCCAUGUGACUUCAAGGUGCCAGGCAAACGGUCUGGUGCUCCUUUGUUAUGGCAGUUUUUGCUGAAUUUACUAGAGAGCGAACAAGCCAACAAUCUCAUUACCUGGACAAAUCGUUGUGCACUUGAGUUCAAGAUUCUGGAUCCUAGUGAAGUCGCCAAGCGAUGGGGGAAAAUUAAGAAUCGGCCGGCUAUGAAUUAUGAGAAACUAAGUCGGUCUCUGCGGGGCUACUACUUAAAGGGAAUAAUGGAGAAAGUUGUCGGCGAGCAGUAUGCAUACAGAUACAAGUGCCAUCCAGAUAUAGUGUGCAUGACUGCUGGAAUCAUUGAUGCACCUAAAGUUCUCCCGUUGCUCUAAAUGUGGGCUCUGGUGUCAGUUCGCUUCCGAAUUAGAUUGAGAAUAUAUAUACAUAUAUAUAUUGGUAUAAAGAUGAAAUAGAAAUUUCAGUCAGAUGAAUUUCAACUGAUUAUUCCUUACAUGAUGUGGCAUUAGUUAGCCGGUUUUAUUCCAGAUUGAUGUGUUACGUGUCCUAGAGUGUCUCCUCAAAUUCCUUUUUUCUAACAUUUUUUGAGACAGUGGCAACAUUUACUGCUGCUUGUAGUUGUAGUUAUUUUUAAUUAAUUCUUCGUAAUAAUUGUGUGAGCGUGUAAGACAUGUACAGUUUCAAGUUACUGUGGCUAGGUUGAUUGUUUGGUGACAUGUAAACAUGAUACUCAGUAUAAAAUAUGCUCUUUGCAUUA